GAAAUAAAUGAAUGGGAAACAGGAAGCGAAAAUCUAAACUAUUUGUUUUCGAUUUUCCCCAAAUCAACAAAAAUGUCAGAACUUUUACAAUUGAUCGACGCCGAAAUUCCGGACGGUCGACAUAACCUCCAGGAAAAUUUUACCAAUUUGGAGCAAGUUGCACAGUAUUGUCAAGAAAAUUAUUUAACUGCGAAGGACAAGCGAAAGGCGCUGGAAGAGACAAAGAACUACACAACACACUCCUUGGCAAGUGUGGCCUACCAGAUAAACAACCUGGCCACCAACUUCCUUAAACUGCUCGACCUUCAACAGAACCAGCUUGCAGAGAUGGAGUCGAACGUCAAUCAUCUUGCACAGACUGUCAAUAUCCACAAGGAAAAGGUUGCUCGGCGCGAGAUUGGUGUUCUCACCACAAACAGGAGCACCACACGUCCACUUGGCGUUAAAAACGGCAUCAUAUUUCCCGAACAUGGCGAAAAACCGACCAAGUAUCAACGUAAAAAUAUCGACUACACAUCUCUGGAUGAUGUUGGUCAUGGAGUGAAGCUUCCAGAAACACCAGCUCUAAUGCGGAGUGGAGGACCUCCGUCACGACAAGACUCAAUACAAAGCAAGAAGAGUGUGAACGUCAACCCCGCCCCUGGACAAAUGCCCCCCACACCGCCUGGAUCACGAAACAGCAUCACUAGUUUAGGGAGAGACAGUCAACAGGGACCGUACAGGACACCUGCACCUAUGGUUGCCCCGCCAACAGUACCAAACGACUAUGCCUCGAGGCAAGAGAUCCAGCAGGCAUCCAUACGGGCUUCCCAGGGCCAAUACGCUCCAGGGACCCCGCCUGUCAUGAUGGGCAUGCCCAGACUGCCCCCGGGCCCAGGGCUGCAAUAUGGACCCGGGAUGGUGGGCGUGGCAAGGCCAAUGUCCCAGGGAAUGCCUCCCCCACCCCCUCCCCCUGCAGGCAUGAUUCACGACCCACGACAGUCAGGGAUGCUGAGACAGACUUCCAUUGACCCGGAGGAUGAAGCCAUGCCACCGCCCCCACCCCCGGACCCCAUGUCACCACCCAGGGAUAGCCAGAAUGGCAGCUUUGAUGAAGGUUCACCUUUUAUGCCCCCACCCCCAGAGGAUUUCCAUGCCCCACCCCCUCACAUGGAUGAUGAUGACGAUGAUGACGACAUGCCCCCCAUGCAUGAAGAGGACGACCCCUACGCUGCCACUGGCCCAGAGAUGUUCCAGUCUUACGUACCGGAGGUGUACUUGGAAAAAGUGAUAGCUAUCUACGACUACAGCGCCAACAAGGAAGAUGAGCUAAGCUUCUCAGAAAACUCAAUGCUCUAUGUUCUCAAGAAGAAUGAUGACGGAUGGUACGAGGGAACCAUUAAUGGUGUUACGGGAUUAUUUCCGGGAAACUAUGUGGAAGCUUGUAUUUAGUGAAAAAUGAUUCGAUUUUUGGAUGUUUGAAAGGGAGGUGGCACGGUUAGAUCGCAUUUGAUUACUGUUAAAAUCCUUCUGUAAGUGUGUUGCAGCUUAGCUUUUUUUGCUCAAAGUGUGGGGCCUGUUGCAGUAAGAUAUCUUAGUGGUAAAUCUUACACUGUUUGAGAGUGCUCAGGUACUGGCAGAAUCUGUGCGAUAAAUGUCCUAACAAUAUUUUUAUUGAAAUGCUGUUUGCUCCAAAAAUGAGACUGCCUGGAAGGUUAAGAUCUUAAUCUUUCUGAUUUUUAUUAAAGCAGGGUCCUGAAUACCCAUUUUGACAAAAAAAGGCACUGUUGCUCUCAGAAUAAAUUUAAAAAUGAUAGCAUUAUGUGAAUACCUCAUUUUUUCAAAAAAUUAACAUUUGACCAAAUUCCUUAUGAGACAUAGGUACUACAUUUGACCAAAAAUCUUAAUGCGACACAUGUAAAGCAAUUCAGAAAUUAAUAAAUGUGUGGUAAGGUAAGUUUUCUUUUGAUCAAAACCAUUUUUAUAAUAGAUAUAAUUAUUAUAUAUUUUUAUGACAUUUUUCUAAAUUUCAAUGUUUUAAAGUUAAUUUCAUUGAUUCUGUUUUGAUUUAGAUAUUUUUUAAUAGCUUAUAAUAGUUAAUGCUAUGUACAGUCAGUUUGCUUUUUUAAAUUUCCAGAAAUGCAGUUAGCUAUUAUAGAAUGAAGUCUUUGACUUUGUCUGUAGAUUAUGACCCCUGAAGUUACUAUGGAGUGUACAUGUGGGGUUUUGGAUUUGCCUGUAGAAUAUGACCCCUGUAGUUAUAAUGGAAGAACUGUGGGCCCUUUGAAUUGGUCUGUAGAUCCUUUAGACAUGUACACAGCCUGUUGUAUGCAUAUUUGAUUAUAAUGGCAAAGUAGUGUACAUAUUUCAUAUUGAAAUUAUGACUAAACUAAAGCAUAGAUCUGAAUUUAUGUUGUGCAUGGUAUGAUGGUUUAGGUGAUUGGCAGUUUGUUUUGUAAAUGGUGUGGCUGUAUGGAAAUAGUGAAUCAAGUGUAACUGAAAUGAAAUACAUUCACCUGGAAACAUUGAAUAAUCAUGCACUGUUACCAGUAAUAUGAAAGUUAUCAUGUAGUUUUAUAAGAUAAAUAAAUGAUCUUUUUGGUGUGAUAAACACAAUAAAAAAUAGAAAUGGGCUGAAAUAUGGCUGAUAAAAUAUUUAAAAUAAAUUUCUUUGAAGAUAACUCGAAGAAGUUAAUGAAAGUGUCCAAUAGUACAGUCCGGCAGACUGCUUUUAGUUCCUGUAAUCACAACCAUCCUCUAUAAAGGUAAAACAAGUACUAACUUGUUUUAGCUCAGAUCACCUAGGCAUGGAUCCUGGGGCUUAUCCUCACUUUUAUCAUAUCCUUAUGAAUGGUCAUCUUGUCUGUUUUUUCAAAGGAAAUAGUUGAGAUAUUGUUAUAGCCUUGCAGAGUGUUAUUGUUGUCUGGGUGUAAAACCUUUAACCUUGGUCAUAUCUGUUUCACUGAUAAAGUUAUUGGAAUGAAACUUUGUACACAAGUUGCUCGAGACAUUACACAAGUGUACAAGAAGGCCCAUUCCUCGAGCACACCAAACCUAAUGUUUAUCUGGGGGAAAAAAAUCCGUUAACCCAGGUAGGCUCUUGUUAGAUGUUCUGAUAACGAGGAAAGAUCUUAUAAUCUACCUUUGUAUGCAUUAGUCUACCUUUGUUAUGAUAAAUUUAUAGAUCUGAAAAUUUCGAGAGUUUCACUAGUUUGAAUAAUGUUAAUUACUGAUUACGUAUUGUUUGAUUCUUUUGUAUGUUUAUAUUGUCGUUUUAUGUUGCUAAUUAUAGAAUAUGUCAAUAUUGCUUGGACCAAUUCAAAACUAUGUAUAAUUUAUGUAGAUAACUUUCAUUUUCUUUAUUUAACACUUUUAAUAAAAGAAAAAUCACUGGAAUCAUUAACAUUAUUAUUUUUAUAUUACAGUCCUUUUAUUAGAUUCUUUAACAAGAAAAUGUAUUCCACUUUAGUUAAUUUAACUUCUAAGUGAAAAUAUCACCUUUGUUUUGUUUAUUUCAUUAGUUAAGAAACUGAAGCAUCUUAAAGAAUCAUUUGUAGUAAUAAAGUAUACACAUGGUCUGACUGUCUCAACAGUUUGUAAUGAAUUAUUUUGACUUCAUUUCAAUGCUACAUGCCAUGAUGUGUGUCUAAUUGUGUCAAAGUGUACAGUCAUGUGUAUACCAUUAAUUGGCUUCAAAAGAUAGUCUAUGGAUUUGUUACUAUUCUGUAAUUGAAAUUGAGAAGUAUUUAUAUAAGGAAAUUAACAAGUACAUGUACAAGUUAAUCAAGGACAAAAGUUUGAAAGAAAAUCAUAAUCUAAUGAUAAUGAGAAGUACAUAUACAUAAAAUUAGUUUUUCAUAUUAUUAUUUAUGUAAGCUUAUUUUUAUUGUGUAAAAAUCUGAUUCUGUGAAAAGAUUUGUUUAUUAUUGUUAAAGAGAUGCAAAUGUAUAAGAAAUAAAGCCAUUGCUGCUGUAGACAUUUUUACCCUUUAAUGUAUUUCAAUUAUCUAUACAAUGUAAUAAACUGUGCAAUAUCA